AUCACGUGAUUUGCGAGGAGUCGUUGAGUUCCGAAGAAGAAAAACCGAAAGCACUCGGGAGUUAGCCUGCUAGCCAGUUAGCUAGCACCGAGCCCGUGAUGGAAGCGGAGCAGAAGAGGCCGAGCCACCGCCGACGUUACGAUGUGUAGCCCGCGGGUCCGACGGUGAAUGAACUAACCAGCCGCGUGCGACACCAUGAAUCUACGGGGGCUGUUUCAGGACUUCAAUCCCAGUAAGUUCCUGAUUUACUCCUGUCUGCUGCUGUUCUCCGUGUUGCUGUCCCUGAGGCUGGAUGGAGUCAUCCAGUGGAGCUACUGGGCCGUGUUCACCCCGAUAUGGCUGUGGAAGCUGCUCGUCAUCUUUGGGGCGGCUGUGGGCACAGGGGUGUGGGCCCACAACCCUCAGUACAGAGCUGAAGGCGAGACGUGCGUGGAGUUUAAAGCCAUGCUGAUCGCAGUGGGGCUCCACGUCCUGUUGCUCAUGUUCGAGGUGUUGGUGUGCGACUGCCUGGCGAGGGGAGCUUACUUCUGGCUCAUCGUCUUCAUGCCGCUCUUCCUCGUGUCCCCUGUUUCCGUAGCAGCCUGCGUCUGGGGGUUUAGACACGACCGCUCUCUCGAGCUGGAGGUGUUGUGUUCAGUGAAUAUUCUCCAGUUCAUCUUCAUCGCUCUGAAGCUGGACAAGAUCAUCAACUGGCCUUGGCUGGUGGUGUGCGUCCCACUGUGGAUCCUGAUGUCCUUCCUGUGCCUUGUCGUCCUCUACUACAUCAUCUGGUCUGUCCUCUUCCUCCGCUCCAUCGACAUCAUCGCCGAGCAACGGCGAACGCACAUCACCAUGGCGAUCAGCUGGAUGACCAUUGUCGUGCCGCUUCUCACCUUCGAGAUCCUCCUGGUGCACAAGCUGGACGAGCACAACAACCUGAGCUAUGUGUGUGUGUUCGUGCCUCUGUGGCUCUCGCUGCUCACGCUCAUGGCCACCACCUUUGGCCAGAAGGGAGGGAACCACUGGUGGUUUGGCAUCCGCAAGGACUUCUGCCACUUCCUGCUGGAGCUCCUCCCCUUCCUGCGGGAGUACGGCAAUGUGUCCUUUGACCUCCAGCGCAGUGACGACCCCGAGGCGGCGGAGGACCUGCCCGUCCCCGAGCCGCCGCCGAAGAUUGCCCCCAUGUUCCACAAGAAGACCGGCGUGGUGAUCACGCAGAGCCCCGGGAAGUACUUUGUCCCGCCGCCUAAACUCUGUAUCGACAUGCCCGACUAACGAGGCUCCGUGAUGACGAGGGCUGCUGACCCUCAUGUGUUUAACUCAUGAAUCAGCAGAGGACAUCGCGUUUGUCCUGAAGUAUUCUGUCUCCUCGCUGGAAAGAGUUCUGAUUAUUACUGGAUCCAGAAUCCUCGCGUUGGUUUCACCGGCUGUUUUUUCUUUUUCUUUUUUUGUGAACAAAGACGCCCCCUGUCUUUCGAGGAUGGAAUCACAGAAUCAAAACUGUUUCUUCUUCACGUGUUGUGUGGGAACUGACCACAGGAACAUCUCGCACUCAGUGACUGACGUGGCGGCUGACACGCAGAGGAGGAAGUGAAUAUUUGACUUUAGGUUCGGAGUGUCGGAGUCAGCGAUGACGCCCGCCGUGCUUUAUGAUGGGGACCAGUUGAGAGAGAGAGAAACUGACUCUGGUUUGAAUUUGGGAUCAGUUUUACCCCCACUGCUCCUGUUUUUACCGUCGGUGGAGAAAAUGCGCAGAUUUCUUUUUUCAUGUCCGUCUUCGUCCUGCACUCACACGCCCCCACGUACGUUAACGGAGUUGUUCUUCCUUUUUAUAGAGACGUGGAUUGAUCAUCCUUCGAAAAGAUGGAGGAUGAUUCUUGAUCUGUGUAAAAUGCAAAUGGGGAAAAAUGUCCCGAAUAUAAGUGCUGCCUUGCUUUUGACGUCAUUUUGGAGAUCGUAGUGUUGACCCACGGUAGCAACAUCGUUUCCUAUCACCCUCGUUUUUUCUAUCAUCAAUUAUAAAUUGAAACAUAGAGUAUACUGCAGCCAGCCACUAGGGGGCAAUCAAGAUGUUUUGCCUUCACUUUAGUGGAGCUGUCAUGUCGUCCAUCUUUAUUUAUCGGUCUAUGGCUUGAACACUUGACGUUUGCACAUGUGGACGUACUGUUGAACGAAGAAGGGAUUACAUUACGAACGAUGGCACCUUAAAUAUAGGCGACGUUACCGUGUUGGUUUAAGACGGACCUGAAAAAGUCGGAUUCUUUUCUUUAAAAGACAAACAACGGAAAUGGCACUUUGUUAAUCUGUUCUGUUUUUUUGUAUUCCUGCUUUUGUUUUGUAGGACAGACGUUGUCAGGUUAGGGACCAGAGCAGAGAUGGCGUGGCCGAGUGUUAGAGGCAAAAAAAUAAAUAAACACACAAAACCAGUAAAGUCAAACACACCGCUUGCUUCUGAUGUCAUUUUCAAAUUAGCCAGAGUCACAUGAGCUCACGACAGCGUUAGAGUUUCACAGUUAGAUCCUCGAAUGAAUCCCGUAGCUCCCGUUUCCCAUUGCUCCUGUACGUUAGGUUUUUGAUUGUAUGUAUGUGUACGAUGUCUGGUUUCCUCACAGUUAGAAAGCAAGAACAAUUCUAUUUUAACAACCUGACCUCCAGCGUCUCGUUGGGUCACAUUUGCUGGCGACAUCUUUCGUCUUUUUUUUCCAGUUACAUUGGUCUGAUUUAUUCACCGUGCUCUAAGUAAAACUUAUGCAACAGCA